CAAUCCUCUCUUCCUUAUCCAGACGGCUCGGCUCUCUCCUCCUCUGCUCUGCCAUGCCAUGAUGGCCUCCGCCACCAUGGCCACCUGCUUCUGCUCCUCCUCCUCCUUCUCUCCACCAGACCUCGCCGCCAUCCAUUCACCCCCAUCAAGCUCCCCUUCUCGCCGUCGCCGUCGCCGGCGGUGGAGCUGCAGAGCGAGCAGCACCGGCGGCACGUACGACCACAACCCGCUGCUGCAGCCACCCCCGGACCCGCACUUCCCGCUGCGCCUCCCCGUCCAGGACGGCAGCAGCGGCAGCCGCCUCCGCAUCUUCUCCGGCACGGCGAACCCGACGCUGGCGGAGGAGAUCGCCUGCUACCUGGGGCUGGAGCUGGGGCGGAUCAAGAUCAAGCGGUUCGCGGACGGGGAGCUGUACGUGCAGCUGCAGGAGAGCGUGCGCGGGAGCGACGUGUUCCUGGUGCAGCCCACCUGCCCGCCGGCCAACGAGAACCUCAUGGAGCUGCUCAUCAUGGUGGACGCCUGCCGCCGCGCCUCCGCCAAGACCAUCACCGCCGUCGUACCCUACUUCGGCUACGCGCGCGCCGACCGCAAGAUGCAGGGCCGCGAGUCCAUCGCCGCCAAGCUCGUCGCCAACCUCAUCACGGAGGCCGGGGCGCACCGCGUGCUCGCCUGCGACCUCCACUCCGGCCAGUCCAUCGGCUACUUCGACAUCCCCGUGGACCACGUCUACGGCCAGCCCGUCAUCCUCGACUACCUCGCCAGCAAGACCAUCUGCCCCAACGACGUCGUCGUCGUCUCGCCCGACGUCGGGGGCGUCGCCAGGGCGCGCGCCUUCGCCAAGAAGCUCUCCGACGCGCCGCUCGCCAUUGUCGACAAGCGGCGGCUGGGCCACAACCAGGCCGAGGUGAUGAACCUCAUCGGCGACGUGAGGGGGAAGGUGGCCGUCAUGGUGGACGACAUGAUCGACACCGCCGGGACGAUGCACAAGGGCGCGGAGCUGCUCCACAGGGAGGGGGCCAGGGCGGUGUACGCCUGCAGCACCCACGCCGUGCUCAGCCCUCCCGCCGUGGAGAGGCUCUCCGGCGGCCUGUUCCAGGAGGUGAUCAUCACCAACACCGUCCCGGUGCCGCCGGACCAGCGCUUCCCGCAGCUCACCGUGCUCUCCGUCGCCAACCUCCUCGGCGAGACCAUCUGGCGCGUCCACGACGAGUGCUCCGUCAGCAGCAUCUUCCAAUGAAUGAUACUACAUUCAUUCAUACAUAUACAUCAUCUUACUACAACAUCUGUUCUGUUUUGUUCUUCAGAGGGCAGAGGCAAAACCACCCAACAUUCAUCGA